AUGGCACGUAUGCCUCCUUGCAGUAAAGCUCGAUUACUGAAGAUGGAGUUGGAGCGGCGUGUGUUCCAGCCAACGGCCACGCUCAAGAUUUUCGGCAUCGUCGAGCUCCUCGAAGCAAUUCUCCAGAACCUCGAUCUACGUACCCUACAUCCCUUUCGCCGAGGCAACUCAAUCUUCAAAAGCAUAAUCGAGUCCUCGCCUACACUUCGACCUAUCGCACCCGGCCACAACGACCCCUCCGCCUGUGAGGUGCUUAGGCACAGACUCCUCCGCAUCUGUCCUGAAGGCUCGACCGUAUUCGUCACUCAUCCCCUGGUCGGAGUGCUCUUCGGCAUGACAGUCCAUAUCUCCACUCUUACUCUUGGACAGAUCGAGCGGGUGCAUGGGAUGUGGGAGGACAUUUUACUGCAUGCCACGAGCGGACACUUGGAGUGCUGGUUCCGUCGACUGGAGAAUGCUGCGACUAUGAAGCUUCGGCUGGGAUCUAGUAUUACGCUGGGUGGGUUGAUAAACAUGGUUGUGGAUGAUAUUCAAAAGGGUGGGGAUCGUUUUUCGGGGUACAGGGUGGAAGUGGAUCUUGAAGGGCUUGCUCUCUGA